GCCCACCCUUCGGAGCCAGGCCGGGAGGCGGCGUUACACACUGAGAGCCCAUCAAUGGACUUGGAAGCUAAGGAUGAAGAAGAAGAGAGUCUGCAAACAGCUUUCAAAAAGCUGAGAGUGGAUGCAGCAGGGUGCACUGCAGCUCUGCCCGUGGGCGACGGCACGGUGCUCAGAACCCCGACAAGAGCAGCCGUGGAUGGGGGCAAACAGCAGCCUGCCUGCUGCAAGGAAGCCUGGCAUGGGUGUGUGAGGAAGCCUUCCCGAGGAUCAGCAAGAGUCCCACGGCGCAGACGCUCCAAGUCUCCCGUCCUGCAUCCUCCCAAGUUCACCUAUUGCAGUCUGAAAGCCAGCAGCCAGCUGAAACACAAAGCCCAGGCAGAUGUGUCCAAGGGCAGUGGCAGCUCAGACAGUUUGGUGACAGCAGAGCACGGGACCAAGGACGGGUGCAGAUCUCGCUCGGAGGCCACUGAUGACAGAACAGAACCCUUAGAAGCUUUCACAGCCAAAGAGCCUUUGGAGAAGUCAAGAGAUAAUUGCCUUGCUCUCAGCUCAUCCUUUGAGAGUAGCUUGCAUUCUAGCCAAACCUCUGAUUUCCAGUCCUUGUCCAUGCUCAGCAACAGCAAGCAGUGUCCUUGCAGAGACCAGAAGUGCCAGUGCAGGCAGUGGAGAGCCAUGCAGGUUUACUCCUUCUCCGGCCUGCGCAGCGUCCUGUCGGAGUGUGAGAAGGCUGUCCUGGGAGUCCAGGCACUUCAGAACAGAUCCCCCUGUGGGGCAGCCUCAUCAGGUUCUCCUAGGUCUUGUUCUGAGCAGGCUCGAGCCUUUGUGGAUGAUGUGACUAUUGAAGAUCUUUCAGGAUACAUGGAAUACUACUUGUACAUCCCCAAGAAGAUGUCUCACAUGGCCGAAAUGAUGUACACCUGACUGAUAGCAAGUGAGGGUCCUGCAGUUUGUGGAAGAGUUGGAUUAAAUGCCUUUUGAGUGCCAUGUUUUUACUGUUGUGUGUUCCAUCAGAUGUUUCUUUGCCUCAUACAGUUUAGUUUUCUAAUAAAAUGAAAAACGGAAUCUAGUUUCCAAGCUUAGUUCUAAACAGAAUGCACUAAAGCCUCUGAACACCUUAACAAAAGCACUGUAGAUCCAACGAGCUCCCUUUGGCUCUGGGUUUGUGUUGUGGAGCCUCAAGCUCAGCUUGCUAUUUUCACUAUGUUUGGGGUGAGGGAUGGGGAAGCACUGUUUAGGUUUUGCAGCACUGGGAAGAUUCAUUCCGAAUGUGUCCCAGUGCUUAGAGAAACAUUGGAGAGCUAGGCCUCUAUUCCUCUUCCUGCUCUGGAGAGAGGGAGAGAAGAGCAAGGGGCUUCCAUUACUGCGGAGAGGGUGGUUCUCCUUUCCCUGAGCACUGUCUGGCUCCUUUCUAGGUUGAUCAAAUUGUGAGUGCUUCCUCCUCACAGAUUUGUUGUGAGGCCCAGACUGUGCUUGGACCCUUUCAUAAUUUAACCAUCUCACUCUUAAGCAGUUCUAUUUUUCUGCAGAUAAGUGAAGCUCUUAGAAGCAAGAAGUAUAUUUUGUUAUUUGUGCUUUCCAGGGGGGAGGGAGGCAGGCUGGCAGGAUUUUUGGGCCAUGCUGUCUCAGGAGUGGAGGUGGUGGAGCCAUCCGUGUGGAUUGUUUCUGAGUUUGGUACACAAAGCAGUGUGGGAAUGGGGGAAAUAAGGAAUGUUUGUCACACAGGCUUUGUGCUGUAGAGCUUUACCUUUCCUUCUGGUUGGAAAUACUGAAAUAAAUAAAUAAAUA